UGUUUGUGUUUGUUGCUUCCAACUGAUGCCGCAGGCAUCGUGCUCUACUUGUUUUCGGAGUCCUCCUGGAGAUAUUUGCAUCUCAAUGAAGCUAAGAAAACCCUUGCAGCCCUUGCAAGGACAUGCAAAACUAUUCAUGAGCCUGCAAUGGACGAGCUUUGGGCUAACAUAGAUGGUUUAGAACCAUCGCUAGGCUGUGUAACGAGGUUACAUCCAGUGAUUUAUCCUCGCACCAAAAAGGUCAGUCCAGAGUCCAGAGUCUAG